CGUAACUUCAGACACCUGCCCCAAAGUAAACCUGAGUUUUGGGGACAAGUUCCAGACCCUGUACCGCUUUAUCAUGCACUGCAGAGCUUACCUCUUGCUUGAAAGAGACUUCCAGGAGUUGAUGGAGAACAAUUAUAAGGGUAUUAUUGCCUUUCCUGUAAGUGAAGAUAUGAUGCAAUGGGAAGCCGAAAUUGAAGGUCUACAAUAUUCAGUUUGGCAUGGAUUAUUUUUCCAACUGUCAAUAAAUUUUACAUUGGAAUACAAUUUGGUCCCCCCAGAUGUCAAAUUUAGAACAAUUCCUUUUCAUCCAAAUGACAGAUAUACUGGUCGGCCCUGUAUAGAUUUUUUGGAUGACCCUAAUCAGUGGGAUACAAGCUAUAAAUUGAGCAGCAUCUUACUUACCCUCCAGGUUAUGCUUUCUAAUCCGGUACUAGAAAAUCCGGUGAACUUGGAAGCAGCCCGAAUGCUGAUGGCUGAUGAAUCUCUGUACCAAAUAACAGUUCUAAAGCUUUUCAACCAGCCAUUACAAUUGGGAAAUGGCAGCUCUGUGUCAUCUGAAGAGCCACAGGAAUUUGUCAAGAAGAAGAAUUUGCAAACUACUCAUUGUCUGAUUUUAAUUUAUAUUUCCAGAUCAGUUAAAGAUGUUUCAUUUAACGAUUACUAUGAGACAUGGUCUGUGAUAGCCACAUCGAAUACCACAGAAUAUUACAGAACUCCAGUGCUUCAAGAUCCAGAUUUCAUAGGAAGGUAUUAUCAAUGGAAGAAAACUGAUCUAAAGCAGGCUAAAGAAUGGAGAUUAAAGUAUGUUGCUACCCUAUCUCAGCUUACUAGAGAAAAUAAAACUCCUCAGAAAUCCAAAUACCCAACCACAAGAAUUCAUGUUGGCCCAACUCCAGAUAAAGCUUCUCCUGAGUCACAAAUGGAAACAGAUAUUGUUGCAAAGAUUUUUGAGGAAGUGAAGGUAUGGGAGGGUGAACUAUCACCACCAGAGUAUGAACGCUCCGAUAUGUCAUGGGAAGAAGAAGUGGAAGAUCUUGUCUCCUGGGCCAACACUCUCAAUACAAAUACUUUAGAGGAUUAA